AUGGACGAAAAGGAUCUCAGCAUCCACGAGCCGUGUGAGGCCCGUGGCGCGCCGUCAACCUCAUCGAAGGAGGAAGAGGAACGAGAGCACCAAAACCUGACCCGAAUCGCCUCCAGCCGAACGGGUCGAAGACUGUCCCUCUCGGCUACGAUCAAUGAGAGGGACGACCCCCGUUUGGAUCCCACCAGCCCCGAGUUUGAUCAUCGUCGCUGGGCAAAGCUCGUUCUCAAGGCGCUGGACCAAUCCGGCAUUGUCCCCCAGGCGCAGGGUGUGGUCUUCUCGAAUCUGUGCGUGUCGGGAUCAGGCUCCGCGCUGCAGAUUCAGGAAACCCUCCUGACCCGGUUAGCAGCUCCCUUUCACGGCAUUGCACGGGCGCUCUCAGGGCAGGCUGCCCCUCCUCCCCGGCAGAUCCUCCGCAGUUUCGAUGGCCUGCUCCAAGGGGGCGAACUCCUCCUGGUCCUCGGCCGUCCGGGGAGUGGCUGUACGACGUUUCUGAAGACCCUUUGUGGCCAUCUGGGGGGCCUGACGCUCGAACCGCAGAGUACCAUCCACUACCAGGGGAUCGAAUAUGAAGACAUGAUCAAGCACCACCGGGGCGAGGUGGCUUACAACAAGGAAGUCGAUCAACAUUUCCCGCAUCUGACGGUGGGCCAAACGCUCUCGUUCGCCGCGCACGCCCGGACGCCCCAGAAACGCAUUGAGGGCCUGACACGCUCCGAAUACGUGGAAACCCUCACGCAGGUCGUGCUGGCCGUGUUUGGCCUUUCCAACACCUAUCACACCAAGGUGGGAGACAAUUUUGUGCGCGGCGUCAGCGGUGGAGAGCGCAAGAGGGUCAGCAUCGCCGAGAUGUUUCUCUCCCGAUGUCGGAUCGGCGCCUGGGACAACAGCACGCGAGGCCUGGAUGCGGCCUCCGCUCUGAAAUUCGUCAAGUCCCUCCGCCUGGCUGCCGACAUGGGUCAAUCGUGCCAUGCGGUCGCCGCCUAUCAAGCGUCUCAAUCGAUGUACGAUCUGUUCGACAAAGUCAUCGUUCUCUACGAGGGCCAGGAGAUCUACUUUGGCCGCCGGGAUCGGGCCGUGCGUUACUUCGAAGACAUGGGCUGGGAGUUGCCCGAACGCCAGGUCAGCGGUGACUUCCUGGCCUCCGUGACCAACCCAAGCGAACGACGAGCCCGUCCCGAUAUGGCGGACCAGGUGCCACGCACGGCGAAGGAGUUCGCGGCAUAUUGGAAGCGCAGCCCCGAGUAUAAGGAACUCUGCGCUCAGAUCGAGGCAUACCAACGCGGUCAUCCCCCGAAUUCUGACGAGGCCAAGAUGUUCAAGGCCCAUCAUGAAGAACAGCAGGCCCGUCAUACCCGGCCGAGCAGCCCGUACCUUCUUUCGGUUCCGAUGCAAGUCCGCCUCUGCCUCCGCCGAGCCUUCCAGCGACUCCGAAAUGAUAUCCCCACGGCCAUGUCGACGGUGGUCGCGCAACUCGUCCUGUCGUUAGUCAUCGGCUCGAUCUUCUUCAAGUCUCCUCCCACCACGGCGACCUUCUUCCAGAAGGGGGCUGUGUUGUACUUCGCGGUGCUGUUCAAUGCCUUGGUGACGCUCAACGAGAUCAUUCAGUUAUACACCCAGCGACCCGUCGCGGAGAAGCACGCCAGUUAUGCGUUCGUCCACCCCUUCACGGAGGCCCUGGCCAGUCUGAUCAUGGAUCUGCCGAUCAAGUUCUUGCGCUGCUCCAUCUUCAGUAUCAUUCUGUAUCUCAUGUCCAACCUGCGACGGGAGCCCUCCCAGUUCUUCAUCUUCUAUAUCUUUCUGCUGACGGCCGUCGUGGCCAUGUCGGGGAUCUUCCGGAGCCUGGCGGCCGCCACCCGGACGAGCACCCAGGCCUUGGCGAUGGCCGGGAUCUUUGUCCUGUGCAUCGUGGUCUAUACGGGGUUCGUCCUGCCGCAGCCGUCCAUGCAUCCAUGGCUCUCCUGGAUCCGAUGGAUCAACCCCAUCUUCUAUGUCUUUGAGGCCUUGAUGGCGAAUGAGUUCCAUGGCCGGAACUUUGAAUGUGCCUCGGUGAUUCCCAGCUACGCCACGGGCUCGUCCUUUGUCUGUUCCACCGUGGGUGCGGUGGCCGGACAGCGGUUCGUCUCCGGGGACGCGUAUCUGGAGCAGAACUACCAAUACUCCUACAGCCAUGUUUGGCGGAACUACGGCAUCGUCCUCGCCUUCAUGAUCGUGUUCAACGGCCUCUAUCUGCUCCUGUCGGAAUACAACUCGGGCGAGACCUCCAAAGCCGAAACCUUGGUCUUCCGCCCCGGUCAUGUCCCGCAAUUUCUUCUGUCGCCCGAUGGGGUCGAAGACGGACAGACCCCCCCGGACAAGCCUGGAUUGCAGGACAAUGUGGACGCCAUCCAUCUCCCGGAGCAGAAAGACAUCCUCUCCUGGAAAGGUCUCAGUUAUGACAUUCCCGUCAAAGAGGGCACUCGACGACUUCUGGAUAACGUCAAUGGGUGGGUGAAGCCCGGUACCUUGACCGCAUUGAUGGGCGUUUCGGGAGCCGGCAAAACGACGCUGUUGGAUGUUCUCGCCCAGCGAGUGUCUAUCGGCGUGGUCACCGGCGAUAUUCUGGUCAACGGGAGAGCCUUAGAACCUAACUUUCCCCGAGAGACUGGAUAUGUGCAGCAACAGGAUAUCCAUCUAGAGACCACCACGGUGCGCGAGGCUCUCCGGUUCAGUGCGAUGCUCCGCCAGCCCCCAUCGGUGUCCAAACAAGAAAAGUACGCCUAUGUGGAAGAGGUGAUCAAGGUCCUCAGCAUGCAAGACUUCGCCGAAGCCGUUGUGGGCUCACUCGGAGAAGGCUUGAACGUGGAGCAGAGAAAGUUACUGAGCAUCGGCGUCGAACUGGCGGCGAAACCCACCUUGUUGAUCUUCCUCGAUGAGCCCACCAGCGGCCUGGACUCUCAGAGCUCGUGGACCAUCUGCUCGCUGCUGCGCAAGCUUGCGGAUCAUGGCCAGGCGGUCCUGGCGACCAUCCAUCAGCCGAGUGCCAUGUUGUUCCAGACCUUCGAUCGCCUGUUGUUCCUAGCGAAAGGGGGCCGGACGGUCUACUUCGGCGAUAUUGGAAACCAGUCUCGCAUGCUGUUGGAUUACUUUGAGCGCAACGGGGCGAGACGCUGUGGGGAUAUCGAAAACCCGGCAGAGUAUAUGCUCGACAUCGUCUCCGGGGAAUCGUCCGAUGGAUUUGAUUGGGUCAAGACCUGGAACGAGAGUCCCGAGUACAAAGAAGUUGUUGCCGAAGUCGAACGCCUCCAAGAUGCUCGGCAACAGCCCGAGCGACAAGCCCAGAAUGACGAUGACGUCCAUUCCGAGUUCGCGAUGCCGUUGUAUAGCCAACUCUACUACGUCCUGCAGCGGGUCUUCCAACAGUACUACCGCCAGCCGGAAUACGUAUUCUCGAAGUACGCCUUAGGCAUCAUGUCGGGAUUGUUCAUCGGCUUCUCGUUCUACAAGGCCGACAACAGCCAACAGGGUUUCCAGAAUGCGCUCUUCAGCGUCUUCCUCCUCUGUACCAUCUUCACCUCGCUCAUCAACCAGAUCAUGCCCAAAUUCGUCGUGCAACGGGACCUCUACGAAGUCCGGGAGCGGCCGUCGCGCGUCUAUUCCUGGAAGGUGUUCAUUCUCUCCCAGAUCAUCGUGGAAAUCCCCUUUCAGAUCCUCCUCGGGAUCUGCUCCUGGGCCUGUUUCUACUGGGCGGUGAUCGGCACCGGUCAGGACGCCGAACGCCGCGCCCUCGUCCUGCUGUUCAUCAUCCAAUUCUUCUUGUAUGCCGGCAGUGUGGGCCAGCUCGUCAUCGCCGCAAUGCCCGGCGCCCCGCUGGCCGCCAUGUGCGCCAUCCUCAUGUUCGCCUUUUCCUUCAUCUUCAACGGCAUCCUCCAGCCCCCCGGCGACCUCCCGGGCUUCUGGAUCUUCAUGUACCGGGUGUCCCCCUUCACCUACUACGUGGGUGGGGUCAGCAGCACGAUCCUCCACGGCCGCCCGGUGGAGUGCAGCACCAAAGAACUAAGCGUCUUUGACCCGCCCUCCGGCUAUACCUGCGGACAGUACAUGCAGAAGUACAUCGACGCCGCCGGUGGAAAGCUGCUCAACGCCAGCGCCACCUCUGCCUGCGAGUACUGCUCCAUGACCGUCGGCGACGAGUACCUAGACCUGCGCUGGAUCUACUGGAAAGAUCGCUGGAGAGACUAUGGCAUCUUCUGGUGCUACUUCCUGUUCAACGUGGCCUGUGCGGUCACGUUGUACUAUAUCUUCCGGGUGAGGAAGUGGGGGAAGCGGACUUAG